AUGAAGUUUGUGAUGUGUAUCCUGCUGUUCAUACGCGUAUCUAGAGAGGAAGACUGGAAUCUUCACCUUGAGUCCCUCAAGGCUUUGGCACGGUAUUUCUUUGCUCAAGGCAGGCUGAGUUUUGCACGAAUGGUGCCACUAUAUAUUUCUAGCGCAGUUGCACAGGUUUAAGAUCGAUGAUCCCGAUAUUCGCCUUGAAUUCAUGCAAGGAAACUUUUGUAUAACCAAGAAGGAGCGCCCAUUCUGUGCAAUUGGUCCGGACCAUGCUAUAGAACACGUCAACAAGUUGAUGAAGGUUCGGGAAAGACACAGCAACCAGCAGCCAUUGCAAGAUGGUUCCUUGAGGUCCCAGAACUGAGUCGACUUGCGGCGGAAGCUGAGGAAAUGGUGGGAUUACAAAGAGCAUCAUCAUCACACCAUCAUGAUUUAAGUGAUGUGCUAACAAAGCGCUAUAAAGAGAAUGUGCAGAAGCUUAAAGAUGUGCUUUAA